AUGGCAGCGCCGGAUUUUGCGGAUCUCGAGGCGGUGGACGGCGUGCGGCUGACGUGGAACGUGUGGCCCAACAGCAAGGUGGAGGCGACCAAGUGUGUGGUGCCGUUCGCCGCGCUCUACACGCCAGUUAAGCGCCUGCCCGAGAUGCCCGUGCUGCCGUACGAGCCCAUCCGCUGCAAGACGUGCCUCGCCGUGCUCAACCCGUUCGCGCGAGUGGAUUUCAUUGGCAAGAUGUGGGUCUGCCCUUUCUGCUACCAGCGCAACCAAUUUCCGCCGCACUACGCGGCGAUAUCGGAGUCGAACCUGCCCGCGGAGCUGUUCCCGCAGUACACCACCAUCGAGUACUCGCUGCCGCUCUCCGCGCCCGCGUCGCCGCCCGUCUUCCUAUUCGUGCUCGACACGUGUCUCAUCGAGGAGGAGCUGGGGUACCUCAAAACCGCCGUCUCGCAGGCCAUAGGGCUUCUCCCGGAGAACGCGCUUGUAGGUUUGAUAACGUACGGGUCACUGGUGUACGUGCACGAGCUGGGGUUCAGCGACUGCCCCAAGAUGUUCGUGUUCAGGGGCGGCAAGGAGGCCUCGCAGCAGCAGGUCGUGGACCAGCUGGGGCUCGCAGGGCCGCCCAUGGGCGCUGCAGGGCCCGGGGGGAAGGGCGGAGUGGCGGGAGGGCCGGGGCAUGGGGCGGUGUCGCCGGGGAGCGUGGCUCGGUUCUUGCUGCCGGCUCAGGAGUGUGAAUUCACUCUCUCCACCGUGUUGGACGAGUUGAGCAGGGAUGCGUUCCCAGUGGCGGCGGACAAGCGCCCAGCGCGCUGCACGGGCACGGCGCUCACAGUGGCCGUGGGGCUGCUGGGGGCGUGUGUGCCGGGCACGGGCGCGCGCAUACUCAGCUUCGUCGGCGGGCCGUGCACUGAAGGACCCGGCGUGAUAGUGAGUCGGGAGCUAUCAGAGCCCAUCCGGUCGCACAAGGACCUGGACAAGGAUGCAGCGCCGCACUACAGCAAGGCCGUCAAGUUCUACGAGGGGCUCGCCAAGCAGCUCGUGGCGCAGGGCCACGUGCUCGACCUCUUCGCCUCCGCGCUCGACCAGGUGGGCAUAGCGGAGAUGAAGGUGGCGGUGGAGAGGACGGGUGGGCUGGUGGCGUUAUCGGAGAGCUAUGGGCACGCGGUGUUCAAGGACUCGCUCAAGAGGGUCUUCCAGCAAGGGGACUCCAGCCUCGGCCUCUCCUUCAAUGGCACGUUGGAGCUGCACUGCUCCAAGGACAUCAAGGUGCAAGGGGCCAUCGGCCCCUGUGCCUCACUAGAAAAGAAAGGCCCGUCAACGAGUGACACGCCCAUCUGCCAGGGUCACACGACGCAGUGGAAGCUCUGUGGGCUAGACGCCCUCACCACCGUCGCUCUGCUCUUUGACAUCGCCACCGCCCAACAGCCCUCCGGCGCCCCCUCCGCUGCCGCCACCGCUGCUUCACAGCAGUUCCACCUGCAGUUCACCACCAGCUACCAGCACCCGUCAGGUGAGACGAGGCUGCGCUGCACCACAAUCACCAGAAGUUGGGUCGACGGCUCCAUCUCCACCGCUGAGCUGGUGGCGGGGUACGAUCAAGAGGCGGCAGCAGUGGUGGUGGCGCGGGUGAUGAGCCACAAGAUGGAGGUGGAGGAGGAGUUUGACGCCACGCGGUGGCUGGACCGCAUGCUCAUCCGCGUGUGCAACAAGUUUGGCGACUACCGCAAGGACGACCCUGCCUCCUUCUCCCUCUCGCCCAACUUCUCCAUCUUCCCGCAGUUCCUCUUCAACCUGCGCCGCUCCCAGUUCGUGCAGGUGUUUGGCAGCAGUCCCGACGAGACGGCCUACUUUAGAAUGGCGCUCAACCGGGAAAACGUCCUCAACUGCCUCGUCAUGAUCCAGCCCACGCUAACGUCCUACUCGUUCAACGCGCCACCGGAGCCAGCGCUACUAGACGUGGCGGCGAUCGCAGUGGACCGCAUCCUGCUGCUGGACGCCUUCUUCUCAGUGGUCAUCUUCCACGGCUCCACCAUCGCCCAGUGGCGCAACGCUGGCUACCACAACCAACCCGAGCACCAGGCAUUCGCGCAGCUACUGGCAGCCCCGCAGAGCGAUGCAGCGGCCAUCAUGGCGGAGCGCUUCCCCACGCCACGCCUCGUGGACUGCGACCAGAACGGCAGCCAGGCCCGGUUCCUGCUGGCGAAGCUGAACCCGUCAGCGACAUACAACAGCGCGUCAACGGUGCCAGGAGGAGAGGUCAUUCUCACGGAUGACGUGUCUCUCCAGGUGUUCAUGGAGCACCUGCAACGCCUGGCCGUGCAGUCGUGA